AUGCUUGAAAAUAAAAAGCACAAGAUACCAAAUAAUAGGCCCACAGUCCUAUCUUUCCAAUUCCAACACACAUACACUGGAGGCAAACGAGAACGGAUCAAUACAACUCCUGAGCGCCGACAAUUCAUAGAACUUAUAAAAAACGCUAAAUUUGUACAGACAUCCAGAGGAGGCCAGAUCACGUACCAUGGCCCGGGACAACUGGUAUUAUAUCCAAUAAUAGAUUUAAGCGAGUUCAAGGGUCUUAAAUCAAAAUGCUAUGUAUCCUUGCUCGAGAAUUGCGCAAUAGAAACUUUGAAAGAGUCUUGGGUGGGUAUUAAUGCGGUGACCACUGAGAACACAGGAGUUUGGGUCGACAAUAACGGGUUGCGGAAAAUUGCCUCCAUAGGAGUGAACUUGCAACGAUCGAUAACAUCUCACGGAAUAUCAAUCAACGCAUUUCCAGAUCUGUCUUAUGUAAACGAUCCGAGAAUAGUGCUUUGCGGUCUCGACCAGUACCAGCAGACGUCGAUCAAGGAAGAAAUCGGUAAGGUGGUGGAUAUAGAUAGACUGGCUCAUUCAUUUGUGAAGCACUUGGCUAAUCGACUGGGCUUGGGAGUAGAAGCUCACCUCAAUCCUAAUUUGAGAUCCACGAAACAAUAGUGGGUUCAUACUUAAAUAGUAAUGCAAUGGCCAGGGCGAUCAUCAUUGUAGAGGUAACGUAUAUUGGAAUAGUAUGGGUUUGACGUCGCACGGUUAGCGGCUUUUCGACUUUUAUCUGUAUAUCAUCGGGCUUUUGAUUAUGCAUUUCAUCCCCAUGUUUCGGAGUUUCAGCUCGCGGUAAAGGCUCAGUCGGCAACGGAGACACCUCUUUGGAACUCUCUAAUUCUCUGGUCAAUUCUUCCACCUUGAGCCCUAAGGAAUAGGUUUCCUUUUGCGCCUGCAGUUUCAUGGUUCUCUCUUUCUCUAAUUCGUCUAGAACCGAACCGAGUUUCGACUUAACGCUUUCCAAUUCUCUCAGCACUUUUGAAUGAGCUUCCUCUUUUUCCUUGACCGCCACUGCGGCAUCUGUUUCACUGGCGCGAGCAACAGCUAGCUGCUCUCUUAGGCUUAUCAACUCCCCCUCUAAAUCCCUGACGCGCUCAUCCGAGUCACUUUGUCCCAGAGCAAAAGCUUUUGGAGUAUACUGUGUAUAGUUCUUCAUGAAUUUUGAAAUCUCUCGAAGUCUCUGCUGUUGUAUGUACUCGUUAUUAAUCGAUAUGAUGAGUUUUCGUACCACAUCAUCAAGCUUGGCUGACUGCUUGAUAGUCAAGUUAGUCACAAUUUUGUCCUCUUCUUUCCUUUUUGGUACUUCUUUCUUCUCAACUUGGGCGACUUCAUCCAUAAGUGAUUCCAACACUAAAUCUUCUUGCUCCUCUAUCACGUCGCUAAAAAUCAGAGCAUCUAAAGAGCUGUUAAAUAGCUCUAAUUUCUUGCUUUCUUGAUCGCCUUUACUCAAAGUUUGGCUGAUGACAUUUUCAUAAUCCUCUAGGCUCAUGUAGGUCAAUUCCACCACCUUGCAUGUGAUCUUUUUGUGUGCCACUUGGGACUCCAGCGUGGUUCCGAGGUCUAACUUGUCGCCUAAUUUCAGCUCGUACUCCUUGUGUGGCUCUAGUUUCUCGUCAUUGAUGAAUGUUCCAUUGGACGACUUCAAAUCUCUGAUGUACAGUUUGUUAUCUUUGAUAAACAGCUCAGCAUGAUUUCUAGAAAGAACACGCGAGUCAAAGUACCCGUCUGUUAUUUUGUUGGUGAUUUUGGGCACAUUCUGACGGCCAAUCUUGAGAGACUCCGGCGCGAGGGGAACAUUCAAGAUCUUGACCAAUUCUGAUUGUGAUUGAUCAGGAGACACAAACUUUACAACGUGGGCAAAUUUUUGCAAGCGUGGAGGUUGUGGGUCACUCUCGUGGGGCUCAGACUGGCUUGAAAGCGACGACCCUGAAUAUAAGGCAUUAUUAUUCACAGAGUUGUAAUUGCUUUGUGUCUUAGAAGCCGAACGUUUCCUCUGGUACACAG